AUGGUUCGGAUACUCUCCCAAAGCCCCGCCUCUUCAUCCCUUCCAUCACCCAACGUUGUUGUGGUGGGAGGUGGUGCUAGUGGUCUUGCAGUGCUCCUUCAAUUGAUUGAGAGAGCUAAAAGCGAGAACCAAGCUGGCAGAGUUGUCGUGUUAGAGAAGAGUAAAAUCCUUGGUCCGGGCUUGGCCUACUCGAAUGCAUGCGCCGGCACAAUAUUGAACAUGCAUACCGAUACAAUGGGGCUGUACUUUGAUCAGCCUCGACAUUUUUCUCAAUGGCGAACGAGUCUCAAGGAAGGCGACUUUCCCUUGCGGCAAAACUAUGGAGAAUAUCUUCAGGCCACCUGGGCCCAAGCAAUGAGCUCAGCUCAGCAGGCUGGCUUGAUGGUUUCCAUUAUCCAUGAGGAGGCCAAAGAGAUCGACCGAUCCAACGAUGGCGUCUUUCAUUUGACUCUUGAGAAUGGAACACGCCUCUUGUCGCAGGCUAUUAUUCUAGCACUGGGCAAUUUCAGCUCAGUCUCAAAUUCUCAUCUCAUCAACCUUCCCGGGUUCUUUGCGACCCCAUGGCCACUCUCUCAGUUAAAUUCCAUCGCACCAGACUCCCCUGUUAUCAUUGUGGGCUCUCGUUUAUCUGCUGUGGAUGCUGCCACCUAUCUUUUGGACAAUGGCCACCGAGGCACUAUCACUUUAAUGUCACGUAGUGGCCGACUGCCUAAAGUCCAAGGAGACCAGAUCACCUAUCCGCGUCGCUAUGCAUUAUACGACCUUGCCAAACAGACUGAAUCCGACCCCCACGAUAGCCUUCUUCAGGUUAUGAAUGGUCUCAUGGAAGAGCUUUCAAAAGCUACAAGCGGUGAUUGGAGUUGGGUUCUAGACGACCCGUCUCCAGAAAAGCAAAUACGACAGGACAUCAAGGCUGCUCUCACCAAUCAAGUUCAAUGGCAGGCAGUCCUGCGAGGGACGGCGCCAGUCAUUAAGAGAUACUGGAAUUGUCUGUCACCAAGAAGCCAAAGACUAUUCAUGGAGAAGUAUCACAGUAUCUGGAUGAGAUUCCGUCAUGCUAUGCCUGUGCAAAAUGCACAGAAGAUACUCAGGAUGCUAGAAAGCUGUCAAUUACAAGUCGUCCAGGGUGACUCAGUGAAUUGGGAUGGCAAGUUCCAAACACAAACCUCUGCUAGCGUUAUUGAAGCCCCGUACGUUAUUGAGGCCACUGGACAAGAGUGUAGUCUCGACCGUAUUCAGUCACCCCUGAUCCAGUCCGCGCUAAAGAACGCCCUCAUUACAGCUCAUCCGAGUGGUGGAAUAGCCGUUGAUUUUGAAGAUUUGAGUGCUUCCCCGGGUCUCUACGCCAUUGGGUCCCUGACAUGUGGUACACAUUUCUACGUGAGUGCCAUCGAUCGGAUCGCAGCACAUGCUGCUCGCAUCUCCGACAGCUUGACGCAAAAUCCCUGUGCCCAGUCGUUGCAUGUCGCAAUUUUCUGUGGGUCCGAUCUCUUCUCACACCUCAUGUUAAGCAAACUUGUCCCUCAGCUUCUCGCUGCCGGUCAUGUCCCUUUCGUCUACCUCCCCACUCACAAGGCCCGCCGCAGCGCUACUUCGUUCGACCUUCAAGAGCUAGCCUUUUUCGAACGAGAAUUGCUACAGCAGUAUAUUCUGCCUUACUUCAAAGAUGAGUUUUUUGAAGGCGCCACACACAAAACCGUGGACCAGAUUCGAAACACAUACGGAGUUCUUGUUGAAGAAGUACCCAACGUCAACAAGAUGUCCUUCAUCAAGACGCUUGUUAGACAUCACAUCAGCGUUGGCUUAUCAGUGCGUUGCUACCAGCGCUUCAAAUCGGACAUCAUUCGCUACUUUUCCAAGCCUCGACGUCUACUCAACCUUCAUCCCGGAACGCUUCCUGCCUACCGCGGUGUCAUGACGACUGUCCGGGCUAUGAAAAACAAAGAAACCAAUUUCGGAUACUCCCUCCAUAAUAUUGACGAAAAUUGGGACUCGGGAGAUGUGAUAGAGAUCCGGGAGCAUCCCAUAGACUAUUCUAAGUCGAUGCUUGCGUUCAUGGGAGAUGUCUAUCCUAUGGGGGUGGCUGUGGCGAUGAAAGCAUUUGAUAAAAUUGCCAGAGGGAAAGAGUUAGCAAAAAAGCCCCAGAAGGCCGAAGCAAGCGGUUAUUAUACUUUCCCCACAAAAGAGGAAUUGCAAGAUAUUCGGCAGAGCGGAAUCCGCUUGGUUGAUGCUGAGAGCAUUGUGAAUAUCAUUGUGGAGUCCUUCGCGCCGCCCAGGAACAGGAAAAGUUUCGCACAUAUAUUGAGUCAGCUGUGCGGAAUUGGUACCGCCUAA